CUCAAGUCGUACGAUCGGUUAUCGUUUUCCUCGAUCCCGAGUAAUUUGCCAUUGGCAUAUAAAGCCAGCGUGGUCAUGGUGCUGGCUUCACGUUUUUAAUCCAUAUCUACAUUUUCAUCCUCCAUCACCACCAGAACAUCCUUCCUGUAAAAUGCCUGCUCACGAAGCUGUAAUUGUUGCCGCGUCCCGUACGCCUGUCGGAUCCUUGUAUGGAUCACUUAAGACUUUGACUGCUCCCCAACUUGGCGCUGUGGCUCUCAAACAUGCUUUCGAGCAGUCAAAAGUUGAUCCCUCAGUAGUCGAGGAGAUCUAUUUCGGCAAUGUCGUCCAGGCUGGUGUUGGUCAAUCACCCGCACGUCAAGUAGCACUCGCUGGCGGCAUGAAGUCCGCAUCUGACGCCACGACUAUCAACAAAGUCUGUGCUAGCGGUAUGAAGUGUAUCAUGCUUGCUGCCCAGAGCAUAGAAUCCGGUUACAAGACCGCGGUUGCUGCUGGUGGUAUGGAGAGUAUGAGCAAUGCUCCUUACCUGCUUCCCCGCACGAACCCUUUGUUCGGCAAAUUCGAGACCAGGGACUCCGUUGAAAACGAUGGUCUCUGGGACGUCUCCAACAACUUCGCCAUGGGCAACUGUGCCGAGGCUGUCGCAGAGAAGUACGAAAUCAGCCGAGAGUCACUCGACGAGCACGCCAUCGAGUCGUACAAACGUUCUGAUCGCGCAUGGAAAGCGGGCGCUUUCAGCGCUGAGAUAGCUCCCGUCACGAUCAAGGGCAAGAAGGGCGACAUCGUGGUCAAGGAAGAUGAGGAGUACAAGAAAGUCAUCUUCGAGAAGGUUCCCUCUCUUAAGUCAGCAUUCAAACCAGGCGGUCGCAUCACUGCUGCCAACUCUUCAAACCUCAAUGAUGGCGCCUCUGCUCUGAUAUUGAUGUCAGCAGAGAAAGCACAGGAGCUCGGCGUAAAACCACUCGCCAAAGUGAUUUCAUAUGCAGAUGCGGGUGUUGAACCCAUCGACUUCCCCAUGGCUCCUGCUGUCGCUCUCCCAGAAGCACUCAAGAGAGCAAACCUGACUGUCGAUGACAUCGCACGUUUCGAGGUUAACGAAGCCUUCUCGGUUGUCGUCCGUGUUGCUGAAAAGCUCCUACAACUUGAUCCUGCAAAGGUCAACAUCGACGGUGGCGCCGUUUCACUCGGUCAUGCGAUCGGAAACUCGGGGUCUCGCAUCGUGGUGUCCCUUGUCCACGCCCUAAAAUCUGGCGAGUAUGGCGCAGCGGGCAUCUGCAACGGGGGCGGAGCUGCUUCUGCCAUUGUCAUUCAAAAACUAUAAUUGUUGUAACGCUUUUAUACAUUGUUGGUUUCUAGACGACGUACGAACAACCCAUCUACACUAUUGUAUCUGUAUCUUCCCAAUAGAACACAUCAAGCUUUGCAUAAUACCGG